ACUGGUUUCAACAGGUUAGAGCAACCAGGAAGUAAACACAACCAUGGUUUGACCAGGCGCAGUACCUCUUACAGAAAACAUUUGUAUUAAAUAAUUACAAUUCCCCAAAACUAUUCGGGGCUUGAUAAGUCACGAGGAUGUCAGCAGAACAGGCAGGGUUAGGGCGAAUUCACCCUGGGGUUAUUGCAUCGGUGGUGUUCGUCUCUGUGGCGGCAAUAGUUGCUGCUCUAUUGAUCAUCCGAAAAUACUGCUACCCAGUCAAUGAAGCGAGUUACAGAUACUCCCAGCUGAGGCGAAUGGAGGAACAGGGUUCAGCAGUGGCGGUGGGCGGAGGUGACAUGGGGCCGUGCACAGUGGGAGAGGAAUCAGAUGAGGAUCUUCUGGAAUAAGUGUCCAAGGGGAUGCUGCAGGACCGGCUGAAUCUAUUUUUGGAUGAAUUGUGUGCUUAAGGACUCGAGCAAAAGAUUAUUUUCGUUGUAGGUGAUACCAUUGUUCCUCUCAACUUCAGAAAAAGUAAGAAAAUACCCAUCAUCAUUUCCUAAACCCAUGGUUUCAUGCUCAGAUGUGUUUUCUUGUCCAGUCCAAAAUCCCCAUAUCUUAAAUGUAUUAAAUAUUAAGACAUGGAAGAGCACCAACAUUUUCGAAAUGUUUGGAAUUUUUAUACCCUGAGCAAUAACAUAAAGACGUAAUCUCCUAUGAAAUAGAUGAUUUAAUUUUCAGACUACUGACUAAUUCAAUAAUGGAUUUGUUGUACCUGUACUGGACUGUUUCUGGAUUUGUAUUCAUCGUCUGGCUGUAUUUCUUAUAAGAGGGUUUUUUCCUUAUGGUUAAUCAGGGUACCCGCGAGGUCUUAAAAACGUGAAAAAGUCUUAAAUUUAGUUUUCGUAAAUUAAGGCCUUGAAAAGGUAUUGAAUUUUGUUCACAGGUCUUAAAUUUUGUUCAAAAAGUCUUAAUUUUCAUCCACCUCCUUAUUUGAUACGGCGCCACAACAUGUAUUUUUUUGUUCGUUGUUACAGCGAAUCUUAGAACACCCAAACGUUGCAUUUUAGUAGGUUACAUCCUAAAUAUCAGGCAACCUGUACCGAUUCAUUGUAAACUGAUUGAGACGCUGACACCCCCCUCUGCAUUGCAUUGUGUUCUCUUUGGUACAGUCUUUGAGUUCGCGCGAAGUGAAAUCCGAAAAAAAUGUGUUGACAUUAAAGUAGGCUACUCUAUUUGCUAGAGAUGGGCAAAUGUCGGUUCAAUCCGUCGUGGGUACACGACGCUAAGUAUAACUGGGUUCAGCCUGUGCCAGGGAAUGUGUGGGAGGCACAGUGUACUUUAUGCAGAAAAACCUUCAAACUUGGGACCAUGGGGCAUAUAGCCUUGAACUCCCAUAUGAAGAGUGCUAAGCACACAAAAUUGGUUGAAGUGCGUUCGAGCCAGGCACCGAUAGCAACUUUCUGUGUGCCACCUUCAGUGCAGUCUACCUCCGUGGCUAGCGCUACACCACUGCAGCAGGUACCACUGUCAGGGUUACUGUGCGGGUCAACACCAACUCUGCAGGCAGAGGUAAUAUGGACUCUUAGGACAGUAUACGAACACCACUCCUACUCCUCCAAUGAGGGCAUCACCGAUGUAUUCAAAUGCAUGUUCCCUGACUCUCAAAUCGCGGCAACAUUUUCAUGCGGGAGCAACAAGACAGCGUAUCUUACGAAGUUCGGUCUCGUCCCUUUUAUCAGUAAGGAGCUCACCGAGCAGGUAAACCAGGCUGUUGGUUUUGUGCCAAUGCUGGACGAAAGCCUCAACAAAAGCACAAAAACCAAACAGCUUGACAUCCAUCUCCGCUACUGGGACGGUGACCGUGUUCGAUCACGAUAUUUUGGCUCGCAGUUCAUGGGCCAUGCAAAGGCGGUGGACCUUCUCAGUAAUUUCAAGGAGUGUUUACGUGACCUUGAUUUGAGGAGGAUGGUCUCUUUGUCCAUGGACGGACCCAACGUCAAUUGGCGUUUUCUUGAGAUGCUGCAGACGGAGCAUGCUGAGCAUUUUGGGGGUGCCCAGUUGGUUGUAGUGGGAAGUUGUGGGCUACACACUCUACAUAAUGCUGUCAAAUGUGGAUUCACUGAGUGGCAUAUGGAGAAGUUCUUAAGAGCUCUUCAUACUAUUUUUCACAAUGUGCCAGCAAGAAGGGAGGAUUUUUGCAAUCUUACAAAGUCCAAAACCUUUGCUUUGCCUUUCUGUGGUCACCGCUGGAUCGAGAACCUCCCAGUAGUGCAGAGAGCCAUUGAGAUCUGGCCUGACAUGAAGAAAUAUGUUGAUGCUGUUACAACCAAGAAGCUCCCAAACCCUGGAACGUCUUCUUAUGACACCAUCGAGGUGGCAACCAAAGACCCUCUUAUUUUGGCAAAGCUGCAUUUUUUCAUGGCAGUUUCACGAAGUGUGACACCCUUCUUGACAAAGUAUCAAACGGAUGAACCUGUGCUUCCAUUCUUUGCCAAUGACUUGGCUGAAUUACUGAAGAAUUUGCUGAGGCGAUUCAUCAAGCGAGAGCUACUGACUGAUGUCACACCUCAGCACUUGGUACGGCUUGAUGUCACUGACAAGCAGUCGAGGGUGCAUCCAAAGGCAGUGGACAUCGGCAUUGGUGCAGAGACUGCCAUAAAGGAACUCCAACAGCGGAGUAAAUCCUCAGAGGAACUUUCCAUCCUACAUUUUCAAAACCAAUGCAUGGAGUGUCUAUCCAAAAUGGUCCAGAAGAUUCAGGAGAGGAGCCCUUUGAAGUUUCCGAUUGUUAGACAAUUAACUUGUCUGAACCCAGCCUUUAUGUACAGCAACCCUGAACUGUGUCAGAAACAGAUGAAGAGCAUAGUCAGGAAGUUUCUACAAGACAGACAGUUGGAUGGAGGAGUUGCUGCUGGUGAUCUGAUCACCCAGAAGUUCUCAGAGAUGCUGUCCGUGGAGGUCCGAACUGAAGAAUUUCAGUCCUUCCAGCCAUUCAAGAAAAGACUGGAUGUCUUUCUAAGCAACAUCAUCAGUGAGACCUACCCACAACUUUGGUCCUUUAUCCAGAAGCUUCUACUUCUAUCACACGGGCAGGCAACAGUUGAGCGGGGCUUUUCGGUGAACAAAGAAAUUGAAACUGCUAACAUUCACGAAGACACCGUUGUAGCGCAGAGAAUCGUCUGUGACUACAUCUCUCUCCAUGGAGGGGUUACCAAGGUCCCCCUCACGCCAGCCCUGCUUUCCUCGGUCUCAUCUUCCAGAGCAAGAUAUAGAAUUCAUCUUGAGACGGAGAGAAAAAAGAGAGAAUCUCAAGCAGAGUCAGAAAAACGAAAGGCCAUUGAGGAGAACCUGGAGCAACUGAGAAAGCACAGAAGAUCCAUCAAGGAGGUAGCCGAACAUCUGCUCAGGGAUGCUGAUAAGUUGGCAGACCAGGCUGAAGCCAAGCAAGCAGGCAGCAAGAUGGCGGAGCUAAUAGCAAAAUCGAAUGCCUUUAGAAGGAGCCACAAGGAAAAGAUGGCUGAACUCAUUAAACUGGACGAACAGAUUGCUGCCAAAAGAGCUGAGCUCCAAAAGCUGUAGGAUCUAUUGAAAUGCACACAGGCACACCCACAGACGAAUGCAGGCACACGCACACACAAACACACACACACACGUACACCCCUCACAGUUAUUGUUUUAAAUUAUUCUGUCUUAGGACUUAAAUACAGUGUAGAUUGCAACAACCGCACACAGGCACACCCACAGACGAAUGCAGGCACACGCACACACAAACAUACACACACGUACACCCCUCACAGUUAUUGUUUUAAAUGGUUCUUAAAUUAAUGACUUAAAUACAGUGUAGACAGGCUGUAGGUUACUUUGGGAAAAAACAUCCAUACAAAGGCGCACCCACAGACGUGUGCAUGUGCAUACAUGCACUCCUCACACAGUUAUUGUGUUUAAAUAUGGUGAAUGUUAUGUUGAAGCAGAUCUUUGAAAGCUGUUGUCCUCAGAGCAUAUUGUUCAUUAAAGUUAUUUAUUUGAU